AUGGCAGGCACGCGAAACUACGACUUUUUGAUAAAACUGCUCCUUAUUGGGGACUCUGGUGUUGGAAAGUCAUGUUGUCUACUGCGGUUCUCUGAAGAUAGCUUCACCCCUUCAUUCAUCACUACCAUCGGUAUCGACUUCAAGAUCCGGACGAUCGAUCUUGAUGGCAAAAGAGUCAAGCUACAAAUCUGGGAUACCGCCGGUCAAGAACGUUUCCGAACGAUUACCACAGCAUACUACAGGGGCGCCAUGGGUAUCCUCCUCGUAUACGAUGUUACUGACGAGAAGUCAUUCAACAAUAUCCGGACUUGGUUCUCCAACGUCGAGCAACAUGCAUCAGAAGGUGUGAACAAAAUCCUGAUUGGCAACAAGUGCGACUGGGAAGAGAAGCGCGCAGUCUCAACAGAACAGGGCCAAGCCCUUGCCGAUGAACUCGGCAUUCCCUUCCUUGAAGUCUCGGCCAAGUCCAACAUCAAUAUCGAGAAGGCCUUCUACUCAUUAGCCUCUGACAUCAAGAAGAGAUUGAUCGACAGCAACAAGGAUGCUCAAGCGGCGCAAGGUGGCGCCGGAACCGGGGUCAAUGUUGGUCAAGGUCAGCAAGCCGGGGGCAUGGGCGGUAAGUGCUGCUAA